AUCUUCUUGGGGCUCAGACUGUACCAAUAAUGCUCAAUGGAGAAGAAUCAGAACUUACAUUUCAAAAUGCAGCUACUUUAAAGGACUUCGACAUGAGUCAUCCACCCGACGCCUUCAUCGUCCUCUACAGCGUGGUGGACAAGGCCAGCUUUCUGAAAGCGGAAGUGGAACUGACAAGGCUGCAGGACGCUGACCUCCUGCGAUCCCGACCCGCGAUUGUUGUUGCCAACAAAAUCGACUUGGCCAGAAGCAGGGCUGUAUCGACUCAAGUGCCUAAAGAUUGUGAUAAUUUUUUGAAGAACGUGAAAGAUAAGCUUCUGGAUGAGGUGAAGUUAUCAGGGUUUGGCAGUUCGAAUAUAUUGGGUGUGGCUCUCAUUUCUGCCAAAACAGGAUAUGGCGUUGAAGAUUUAAUAACCUCUCUCCAGUCUAUAUGGAAACACAAAGGCGAUGUAUACCUAGUAGGUUGCACAAAUGUCGGCAAAUCCAGCCUAUUCAAUUCCCUUCUCGAUUCAGACUACUGCAAGAUACAGGCAGUCGAUUUGAUCCAACGAGCAACGAUCAGUCAAUGGCCCGGCACUACUCUGAACCUCCUGAAGUUUCCCAUAACGCGCCCAUCAGGUUACCGUCUCUAUAUGCGCCACCAGAGAAUGAAAGCUCUCAAACAAAUGACUGCCAAGGAGAAGCGGGUUAGAAGCGAACAUUUAAAGAUAGCCAACAGUGUUAAAAACGCCACCCUAAUCGGCCAUAUCGGACGAACUUUCAUGGAACAGAAAGAUCAAGCCUCUGCCGAGAAUUUCUCCAUUCGAGGCUCACCUGGUGCUUCUGGGACCGUCCAGAUGGGAAUAAACCAGAAGGAUCCUGUUUACAUUGCGAGUCGUUGGUGUUUCGAUACGCCUGGAGUAGUGCAGCCUGAUCAGAUUCUCAAUCUGCUCACGUUGGACGAGCUGAUGAGUGCUGUUCCGAAAGGAUUGAUCAGACCCAAGACUUUCUGUGUCAAACCAAGGACGACGGUGUUCAUAGCAGGAUUGGCCCGGUUGGACUAUCUCGAAGGGCCUAACUCAAUCAGAUUGACAGUAUUCAGAUCCAGUAAGUUGCCUCUCACAGUUUGUGCUCUGGAAGAAGCUGAUAGAAUUUAUGAGGAAUGCUUGGGGACUGAAUUGUUUAAGGUGCCUGUGAACGAGCACGAUCGAUUAUCGAAGUGGCCAGGUUUACAAGUUGGAAAGCCUUUUUCUGUAACGGCACUCAACUCUAAAUACUCCUGUAAAGAUGUUGUUUUAUCCAGUGCAGGGUGGAUUGCUAUUAACUGCGAUGUGGAUGAUAAAUAUACUUUUCAAGCUUGGACUCCUGAGAAAAGAGGAAUAUAUGUGAGGGAUUGCAUUCUGCCGAAAGCUGUUACCUUAAGAGGUGCCCGACUCAGAUACAGUGUAGCUUAUAAGACACAUAGGUUGAUAUAGAAUAAAGAAAUAUCUUGAAUAAAAAUCGCUUUGUGCAAACUUCA